GCCGAAAUAAUGGCAUUAGCUGGUUACGGUCACAUUGUUAUUGACCACGAACACGCACAGACCGAUGUCCGUAGUGGACAAGCACUGUUGCAAGCGAUCCAAUCCACGCAUUCCAUCACACCCAUUCCUGCAACGCCAAUUAUCCGCGUUCCGGCACACGAUCAGGUGUAUAUGAAAAAAGCAUUAGACACUUUACGUCUACCGGGUGGAGUACUGGUACCCAUGGUGAACGAUGCUGCAACUGCAUAUGCGGUCGUGCAAUCGACGCGAUAUCCGUUGCAGCUGGCUAGUGGGUGGGGUGCCAGCGAAAAAUACGCCCAGCAGUGCCAAGAGGAUUUGCUUGUAAUGGUUCAGGUCGAGACUGUAGCCGGUGUAGCCGCGAUUCCGGAGAUUGCGGCCGUGCCUGGAGUUGACGGUAUCUUUCUAGGGCCAAUGGAUCUCUCUUGCAGUAUUGGAAAGAUGGGACAAUUUGAUGACCCUGAAGUGGCCGAGGUCAUCGCCGCCGCAGAAUUGGCGGUUAACGAAAGCCAAGCAUUUUUGGGAGGUUUUCGAUCUCCAAGCCGCUCUAUCCGCAGCAUGGUUGAAGCUGGAUACGCCUUUGUAUGCGGCAGCAUUGAUGUGGGACUACUGCGAGAUGCAGCU